AUGGCUGCAGUCCAGCAGCAGGUCCUGAACUGGCUGUACAGUGUUCUCACCAGUGAAUAUAAAGAUGUGAAUCGCACCUACAAGGAUGUGGCUCAAACCCUUUCUUACUACUAUUCGUUGUCUCCGAAAACUGAUGUUUACACGUAUGAAAAUGGAUCCGCGGCACUUCUACUUCACAUAUUCGGCACACUACCCGUUGUAUUUCGGGAAAUAACCUAUCGAUUUCCAAUAGAGCUAUGGAUCCCGCACUCAUAUCCAAAAGAUGCACCGAUAGUGUACGUGACUUCGGCUGAGAAUCUGAUGAUAAGACCUGGUCAACAUGUAGACCUGCAAGGCAAAAUAUAUCACCCCUACUUGGUUCGAUGGGCGGAAAACUGGGACGAAUGCAACAUCCUGGAAUUUCUAGAAAUAUUGCGAAAUAUAUUCGCAAAGGAACCACCUGUCGUUUUACGACCGCCGAACACUAAAUCGCUUCAUUCACCACCUGUCUCAUCGUCUUCAGCCCCCGUGAGUACGAAGAUUUUGUCGCAGACACCUCAGCUGAGCGAUAAAGAAGUGCCACCCCCACCCCCCCCUAAGCCAAAGACAAGCAACACUGACCAGCCAAACUCGCUUUUCGGGUCGUUAGCACGAGCAUCUACAGGGUCUCCGCUGCCACCACUUCCUGGAAUAUCUGAGAGACGUGAAGGCAGCUCAAUUAAUCACAGAACCGAAUUGUCUCGAGAUAAAGAGUACCACCUACCAUUCAGAGAGAGCAGCCUUCACCAAGGACUUCCAGCUCGUCCACCACCACCAGCACGCUCAUCAUAUCCAAUAAAGUCACCGGCUUUAUCUGAACAGACAUGUCAAAAAAUCAGUUCAAUUUCGGCCGAAGGCAAUGAAUUCAGACCAGAUCACAAGCCAGAUUUACUAAAACCAAGCCUGUCAAGCUCGCGGCAUAAUAAUGAACCUCAACAGUACAUCCAACAACAAUGUGUGUAUACAAGGCAAUCCAAUUCUCUGUCUCCUCAACCACCCCUUGAUCUCUUAUCAACGCCUCUUGAUCCCGCAAAUUCUCAAGCCUCAAAUGUUGAUUUACCUGCACCUCCUGUCCCCCACAAUCCAGAAAAAGAUUUGUUAAUACAAAAAAUUGGACACGCUCUCUAUUCUCGGCGAAAAAUUCAAAGAGCACAGACAACCUCUAGCCUCGCAAGGAUAGAGGCACAACAUAAGUCUAUGCUCACUAGAUUAGCAGAAAUUGAAUCUGAGAUGCAAAAUCUCGGGUCGCUCAAUGAUCUUCUCGCAACAAAUACAAAAAUCCUCCAUGGCGCCCUCUAUGACGCUGAAGUUGUGAUUAAAUCGAGCAAGCACCGUACUUUUCCGAGCAUUGACGAGCUACUUGUAGCCCCCACUGUCGUAGCCAACCAACUUUAUAAUUUAGUCAGUGAUGAACGAAGCCUCGGCGAUGCCUUAUUCGUUCUUGGAAGAGCCGUCGAACGAGGCCGUAUUAGCGCAGCAGUUUUUGCCAAAAUGACGAGGACCCUCGCAAGAGAAUGGUAUUUGAAGAAAGCGCUCGUGCGCAAGAUCGGACAUGGUAUGGGCCUGACAAGUUACUAA